AUGGCUCCCAUCAUCCGGGCCCUGGCUGCUCUCGCAGCUGCCACCCUCUUUAACCAGGUCACCGCGACCACCACCGAGCUGCCGCCUUGCCUCGACGAGUUCCAACCCUUCACCUACCAGGGAUGUUUUCAGGAGAAGGGCACCAAGGGCGAGAAUGCCCUUGAUUUUCGCUCCAGCCUCAACCAGCAGAACAUGACCAUCGAGACAUGUGUCGAUGCCUGCAAAGGUAAUGGAUACCGCUACGCCGGUCUCACCUACUACGGCGUCUGCUACUGCAGCGCUACCAUCAACAGCCCUACCCUCGACGAGUCUGUUUGCAACUACAAGUGCACUGGCAACAGCUCCGAGACCUGCGGUGGUCCCUCGGCUUUCUCUGUCUGGCAAGAUCCCACGUUCCCCUCUGGCGGUGCCACCGUCGACGACUACACCUCCAUUGGCUGCUACACCGACGACACCAACCAUGGCCGCACCAUUGCUGAGCGCCAGGACUCUGUUGACUCUGCCACCAUGACUCCCUCCACCUGUCUCGCCGCUUGUGCCAGCGAGGGAUACGCCUUUGCCGGUGUUGAGUACGGUGGUGAGUGCUACUGCGGUGUCGUGAUGGGCAACUACACCACCGCCACUACCAUGGACAAGUGCAACAAGCCUUGCAACGGCGACAGCACCAAGAACUGCGGUGGCUCUGCCGUCAUGGAGAUCUACGUCGCCAGCAAGCUCAAGUCUCUUGAGCCCUGCGGAUACGUCCCUCCCGUCAACUCGGUCUCGUCUUCAUCCACCAUCUCCAUCAGCACUUCGGCCACUAUCCCAUCCAUCAGCAUUCCUCCCACUACCUCCACCACCUCGACCACCAUCUCUACCCAGGCUCCUCCCUCCACUACCUCUACCACCUCUACCACCAUCUCUACCCAGGCUCCUCCCUCCACCACCACUGCUCCUGUUACCACUUCUCAGCCUCCCGUGACCACGUCUAAGCCUCCCACUACCAUUGCGACCACCACUGCUCCCGCUGUCUGCACUACCACCAUUGUCACUCCCGCCACUUGCGAGUACGGCUGCGGUAGCUGGUGCAACAAGAACCUCCCCGACUUUGACGACAACGACAGCUGCACCAAGGCCCACAACAGCUGCAAGCUUCAGGUCAGUGCCUGCCUGAAGAACGCUGGAUGGCCCGGCUCUGCCAGCUGCAUGGACUUCAAGGCCUGGUGCAGCGAUGUCAGCAGCUACUGCUCCAGCUCUUGCAAGGGCAAGGGAUCCUGCUCCAAGAAGGACUGCUUCGCCAAGAAGGCUCCCAAGGGUUACAAGCCCGGUACCACUUCCGUGUCUACCUUCCCUUGCCCCUCCAAGCCCACCACGACCUCCACCCCGGUCACCGUCGUCCCUCCUCCUCCUACCGGUGUCUGCAAGCAGCCUUCCAGCUGGUGGUUCGGAUACGGCCCUGGCAACCCUGUCGGUGGUAUCGAGAUCCCCAUCGUUACCUGCAAUGACAUUGCCGUCGACUUCAAGGCUGGUAACCAGUUCAAGCUCUACCUCCAGGCCGACACCAAGCUCUGCAAGUCCUUUGGCCGCGGAAGCGUCGCCAGCGUCUGCCAGGAUGCCUGCAAGGAGCAGUACAACGCUUGCCAGAACACCUACGCCCAGGGCUGCAAGACCUGGAACAACCGCCGCGGCCGUCGCGACGAUGCUGCCGUCUACGCUCGCGCUCCCGACUUCGCCAAGCGCUGGUUUUUCUCGGACAACUUCAGCGUCGCCAUUAACAAGUGCACUGUCCAAUACACCGACUGCCUUUCUGAGAACCGCAACUCCUAUGCGGCCAGCAAGUGCGGUUCUUUCGGCACUGGCUACUAG